AUGGAACAGCAUAGCGGCACCAAUUCCUUCGGAAAACGCAACAAUGAUGAUCCACCAAGAAGAGAAGAAUAUAUGUUGAGGCCACAAAGAGAAGCGUGGGAAGCUUCUCAAGCCUCGAGAAGAGACUCACACGCAUACCCUUCAAGACAAUUUCGAAAACCACAGGGAAGAAAAGUGGAUCGCUAUAGACCAAACUAUGGACCAAAUAAUACAUUUUCUCCUCGAGUUCCACGUCGCAAUUAUGCGGCUCGACAACCUUCGCGUCUCGAUCCUGGUACGCGUGAGACCACCACUCAGAGGUCUGAGAAUACACGCUUCGACACCGCGAGAACUUCGCUUAGCAGCGCUGCAGGAUCUGCAGAUACAUCGCAGGAGUUCGAGUCAGCCCCAAUGAUCUCACAUCCUGUAGAGGCCGCACCUCCCGCAGAGAGAGAAGCCCCUCGAUCAAGAGCCGAGGAUGAGCACGAGCUCCUUUCCGAACAUGCGGGAGGCCCAAUUCGCCGCUUCACCAAGCACAUGUGUGACGUUAUCACCGAAUCGAUCACAGAAAGUUCCGACGAUGAGUACUUGAGCGCGAUAGAGAUUCUCAACAGAGCGUGCGUAGACGUUGGAAUAAAAACCGGUACAGCUCUCGGAGUGCACGACUGUUGGAUGUACUGGCGCAAGAAGGUUAUGCAGAGUAACAUUGCUCUACUGUGGCCUGAGAGUAUAGAUGAUGUCGACGAGGAGGUACGAAAGUAUAGGCAAUUCAAAAAUACCAAGUCCGAUAGCACUAGAGCAGCAUAUGUAGCUAGAUUGGCUACAACGCCAGUCAUCGCUGAGAGCUCUGCGACAGCUGAGACUACCGAGACUGUUGCGGCACCAGAACCAGCUAGAGCUCCUACGUAUUGGACUCGAGAAGAGCAGAAUUUCCUCUUUAAUUUAGUGAAAGAGCGUCAAAAUCAGCAAUCUCCUAUGGGAGCCACAACUUUCUGGAUAUCAAUUGGGUUAGCAAUGAGGAAAAGGGGACAUACCAAGAAAUUUGCGGAAUAUCGCGAAUGGUUUGAGAAGCAUGGCCACACGCACCUCAACCACGACGAAACUGUUCACAUUUCGCGACCUCGCCAUCGUCGUGCCGGUGCUGGUGGAAUGCGAGUUGGGGUUUUGACACCGGAAGACUCUCCAGUCGACGAUACUCGCAGGAGAGGAAGAGGAGGUUCGCGGCUGAAUAGCGGUGGGAUGAGAUCUCGUGUUUCCCUGGCGCAAAGAUCGCCCAGGAUUCCCAAGACGCCCAGACCCCUCAAGCCACGGAUGGCAAGUGUGGUGCUACACGACGCGAAAAGUCUGGCGAGAGGCUAUAGAAACCAAGACAGGACGGCAAAAACAGCUGAAAAGUACCCUCUACAAUUGAUCACGCCAUCUACUGGCGAGCGUUUUGGACCUUUCACUACCGAGCCGCGGAGAGCCUAUGAUCCUCCUCCAUCCCCAGCCGCCAGCCCGCCCGGAAGUUCUUUGUUCGAAACCGGAGAUGAGCCACAGAUCGAGCGAGAUCUCGUGCCAUCAGAUCAGAACUCGACCACUUCUCGCUUGUCCCCUACACCUGCAUUGACAGAUGAUCAAUCCGUGAUGCCAGAUGAGACCACUACGCCUGAGGGAGCAGUGGAAUCGGGUGAGACAUUGACGUCAGAUGAAGGAACAUAUUCAGGAGAGCCAACGACGCCAGAUGAAAGAAUCGGUUCCGGAGAGACAAUGCCAAAAGAGGUCAAUGAUACACCAUCACUCCAACCAAACGAAACAGAGGAUGCAGAAGAUGAUGUACGAUGGACAGGCGACCUGUGGGACUUCGCCACUCCGCCCACAAUGCGACCAAGCGGAGCAGAUGAGAUGGCACAAAUCGAUAACCAAAUCGAAUUCGACUCGAGCCACAUCUCAGCAAGCACAGAUUCAAGCGAUGCUUCCACAUUCAUAGCACCUCCCACCUUCGAUGAUUCCCUGACAUCAAACGAGACAAUCAAAGAGAUCCCCUUGACUCAGCCAGUCUCGACGAAUGAUAUCGAGUCCGGAAAUAACGAUAGCUCGGAAACAGAGGCGCAAUUGUUACGAGAACAGCAGGAGAGGACUAAUCUCGAAAUCGCUAACUUGCGAGCGAAUUAUCUGAGAGUUCAGGAAGCAAGAGAGGAUGACAGGAAGAAGCUUGAUGAUACGGCGCAAGAACUAGACGUCAUAGUCCUGAGGAGAGCCGAGCAGCUGGAGAGCCAGACUGCUCAUCUAGCCGAGAUGCAAAGAAUCGAGGCGGAACUCGAGGAAAAGAUAAAGGCCAAACAGGAUUUGAGUAAUGCUCUUGAAGAACUGGAGUUUUAUGGAUAG